AUGAUCAAGGACGAAGCCGAAGAGGGAAGGGCAGCAGAGAACGACGACGACGUACUCCGACCGGUAUGCGGCACCGCAACGGGCUCGCAGGCAGCCCUGGGUGCGGAGUGGGCACUGAGCGAGGGACCCGACGGCAGCCGCGCCCACCUCCGCCACGUCGACUUCCCAACGCCGUUCACGACCCAACCCCAGGUGGCCGUGUUCCUCUCGGCCGUGAACAUCCAGGACAAGACCGACCGCCGCGUGUGCGUCUCGGUCGAGAGCCAGAACAAGCGCGGGUUCGACCUGAGCUUUGCCACGUGGAGCGACACCCGGGUGCUGGCGGCCUCCGCGACCUGGGUGGCCUUCGACAAGCGCUACCUCUCCACGCCCGGGAGCACGAUCGAGGUCGGCCGCUUGCUCAUCUCACAGAAGGCGUUCGGUGCGGCGUACAAGCUGCACAAGGGCAAGGGCGACCGCACGUUCACGACCAGAGUCAACUUCACCAGCACGGGCUUCGCCACGCCGCCCACUGUCACCCUGGGCCUGUCGGCGUUCGAUAUUCUCGACGACUCGGACCACCGGCUGGCUCUGUCGCUGGAGAAUGUCGAUAAGAAGGGCUUCACCUUGAACGUGGGCACGUGGCUCGAGACCAAGGUGUGGUCGCUCGAAGUGACCUGGAUCGCGUUCGACAACUCCUUCCUCUCCGGCACCAAGGGUCUGCAGAUCGCGAGUGGCCGCUGGCCGUUCAAGCGAACCACGCCGGGCUAUGUCCUCCACGAGGGCACCGGGAACCGCUCAGUCAAGCAGCACAUCACCUACCCCCGCAAGUUCGCUGCCAUGCCGGACGUGAUUCCUUUCUUCUCUCUCAUCGACGUACUGCACAAGGCCGACCACUGGUAUCGUUUGCGCUCAAACGAGUUUAGAGAGAAGUCCUCACCCACGUCCGUGAGGACGGUGGUGCAAAACUGGAACGAGUCGGGAUUCGAUCUUGUGUUGGGCGCCUGGGCCAACAGCCAUGUGUGGUCGGCCUCCUGCUCGUAUCUCGCCUUCGGCACUCCUGUCGGUUAUGCGGGAGGUAAGAAGCCGGCCCCUGCGGCCUCGGGCGGCACGGCGAAGCAGAAGUCCGACGAGCCUGUGCCAUCGACUUCGACUUCGCCCUCCACCACCUCGACGUCGUCUUCCUCUACGAGUGCGGCCACAAGCGAGAAAGGAGCCGACGACGAAGCUGAGGAGGACGAGAAGACGUGCAAGGUCUGCAUGGACGCCGAGAUCAACAUCUGCUUCGUGCCCUGCGGGCAUCUGGCGGUGUGCCAGGACUGUGCCAACCUGCUGACGGGCAAGGGCAACAAGCGAGAGUGCCCGAUCUGCAAGACCAAGAUCACCAAGGCCGUCCGCAUCUUCAAGACCUGA